AUGUUCAGUGAUGGAUCAGACCAGGCAUAUGGUACAUGUGCAUAUGUAAGAUGGCAGCUUGAAAAUGGGACUUUUGGUGCCAAUCUUCUAGCAGCAAAGAGCAGGGUCACACCAAUUCGAAAGACGACAAUCGUUAGAACGGAGUUGAACGGAGCGUUGCUUUCGAAAAGGCUUAGUGCUUUUAUCAAGAAAGAAUCUCGCUUCAUUUUCGAGAAAGAAUAUUUUUUCGUGGACUCGGAGAUAGUUAGAGCAAUGAUUCAGAAAGAUUCGUACGGAUUCAACACCUAUGCAGCCGUGCGAAUUGGCGAGAUUCAAGAAGGAACUUCUCCGAGUGAUUGGCAUUGGAUUGAAGGGAAACUCAACAUAGCUGACUGGAUAACGCGGGGGAAGAAUCCGAGCGAGCUUGACAAGAACAGUCUUUGGCAGACAGGGCCAGACUUUCUUCACCUACACGAAUCAGAAUGGCCAAUCAAGAAAUUUGUAUUACCGGAUCACCUGCCUGAAGAGACCAAGGCGGCAAUGAUCAUUAAAGUUGAGUCGAGAAUCAUACUGUCUCAUGCCAUUGAUAUUCUACGAUUCUCUUGCUAUUAUCGUUUGCUUCGGGUGACUGCACGCAUUGCAGCUAUCGGCAAAAAGACCCCGAAACCAUCGUUGAAAAAUCUUGCUGCACCAGUCGAAGCGGAAUGUGUACAGAAUGCUGAGCUUCUUUGGAUCAAAGAAGCGCAAAAAUCGUUGCAGCAGCGCUUCGAGAAAGGAAAGUUUAAUCGACUUAGCGCACGAAAGAGAAAAGAUCGAAUCAUCGUUGUUGGUGGGAGAAUCCCAAAGUCGUCUGAAUCUAGUUACGAUGAACAAGAAUUGAUCCUGAUGCCGUCCGAUUAUCGAGUGUCUCGUUUGUACGCGGAACGUGUCCACAGUAGAGGUCACAAUGGAGUAUCCACCACUAUGAGCAAGAUUCGAACCCGCUUCUGGAUCCUGAAGCUGCGCAAGAUGGCUAGGGCUAUCAGAGAGCAAUGUGUCAUCUGUCGCAAAAAGCAGAAGAUUUUGGAAAGUCAAGUGAUGGGAACAUUGCCGAAAGAACGUGUGUUUGUCGAAAGAAAGACAGUCUGUUUUGAGGCCGCCAACCUAGUUAACGAACGGCCAAUUGGUAUUCAUCCGACGAGUCCCAGCGACGACACAUAUCUUAGCCCGAAUCACUUGCUUCUCGGUAGAGCGUCGGUAAGAAUUCCCAGUGGACCAUUUAAGGAAACGAAGAACGAAAGGUUGCGCUUUGAAUUUGUCCAAAGAUUGGUGAAUGCGUUCUGGAAACGAUGGAUCCGUGAUUAUUUCCCGAGCCUAUUAAUACGACAGAAAUGGCAUGUUGAUAAACUAAACGUGUGUGUCGGAGACGUUGUUAUGAUUCAAGACUCGAACAGUAUUCGUGGACAAUGGAAAGUUGGUCGCGUAUCGAAAGCCUUGGUUGAAGACGAUGGAAGAGUACGCAGGGUCGAAGUACAGUACAAGUGUUUGCCAACGAAAGAGACAAAGGUAUACAAAGGACAAGCUUAUACGACAAUCGAAAGGCCUGUGCAAAGAUUGGUUGUAAUACCUUGGUUCGCAAUAAUUUGCUGCCCGGAGUGUUUUGAUCAGAUAAGUUUGUAA